AUGGCGGAAUCUCAGCAGCGUUCCCGCGUUUUCUUCGACAUUCAAAUCGGCAAUGAGGAUGUUGGUCGCGUUGCAUUCGAACUGUUCAAUGAUGUGGUCCCGAAGACCGCGGACAACUUUCGGGCGCUUUGCACCGGCGAGAAGGGCACCGGUACCCAGGGCAAGCCAUUGACCUACAAGGGCUCUAUUUUCCACCGGGUGAUCAAGCAGUUCAUGAUCCAGGGUGGUGACUUUACUGCGUUCAACGGGACUGGCGGCGAGUCGAUCUAUGGCGAAAAGUUCCCCGACGAGAACUUUGACCUCAAGCAUGACCGGCCCUUCUUGCUGUCUAUGGCCAACUCGGGCCCCGGCACUAAUGGGAGCCAGUUCUUCGUCACCACCGUCCCCACCCCGCACCUGGAUAGCAAGCACGUUGUGUUCGGUGAGGUGAUCAACGGCAAGAGUGUGGUUCGCAAGAUCGAGAACAUGCAGACUACGGCAGACAAGCCCGUGCGCGACGUGAAGGUGGUGAACUGCGGCGAGCUUAAGGGCCAGGACUACGGGAACGCCACCAAGCGGAUCCAGGACGCGACGGGUGACCCUUACGAGGACUUCCCCGAGGACCACCAGGGCGACGAACUGAGUGCGCCGGUCUGCUUCAAGAUCGCAUCCGAUCUCAAGGGCUUCGGUAACUCGGCAUUCAAGGGCGGAGACCUCAAACUCGGGUUGGAGAAGUACCAGAAGGGUCUGCGCUACUUGAACGAGUUCCCCGACCCCGGUGACAACGACCCCAAGGAACUGGGCGACCAGAUCAAGGGCGUCCGAUUUGCCCUGCACUCCAACUCAUCCCUGCUCGCCAACAAGCUCGGCCAGUUCAGCAAUGCCCAGAGCUGGGCCUCGUAUGCGCUCCAAGGUGCCGAAGCCGCCAAGGCCAAGGAUGCCGACAAGGCCAAGGCCCUUUACCGUCGCGCCGUUGCCUACAAGGGAUUGAAGGAAGAAGACGAGGCUCUGAAGGACCUCGAGGAGGCUUCCAAGCUGGCUCCCAGUGAUGUGGGCAUUACCAACGAGAUCGCCAAGGUCAAGAAGGCUCUCAAGGACCGCGACGUUAAGGACAAGGCGGCUGCGAAGAAGUUCUUUGCGUGA